AUGGAUGUCUUAAAGACCCUACGUCCAGAUAGAUCCGAUGAGUUGGCGGCCACCGAGCAGCAGCUUGCGAAGCUGAAGAGCGAGUUGGAGGCCAAAGACCAGGAAGUGGAAGUCAUUAAGGCCCAGAUGCUCGCUUCCGGAGGCAGCCUAGCAGCGCAAGCGGAGCGCAUCACCGCAGGAAACUUUGACGCUGCGAAGGCCCACGGCGAAGAGGUGCUGGAGGAGGCCAAACGCAAGGUGGCGAUGCUGGAGCAGCAAACCGGCGAGGAGAUCGAGAAGAUGCUGGUGCACAUCAAGGCCAUGAUGGACAAGGCGGCGAUGGCGGCGGAAGAGGCGCGGAUCCAAGCGCGAGCAGUGGCCGCGCAGGCCGCCACCGCUGCCGGAGAGGCUGCCAACAAGGCAUCGGCUUAUGCGGACGACGCCAAGAAGCAGGUUGCAGCUGCUGCGGAG